GCGCCCCCUGCGCGCAUGCGUGCUGGUCCCCGGAAGCGAUGCGCGCAGCGUUCGCCCCUGCGUCCCGGCGGGAGCAGCAGAGUCCGUGGAUGUGGGGCCGCCGCUGACAUGGCUUCGGCGGGAGGCGGCGGCUGCGACAGCGCCGCUCCCGAGGCCGAUCGUCCCCAGCCGCGGCCGUUCCUCAUCGGCGUGAGCGGUGGCACCGCGAGCGGCAAGUCAACAGUGUGUGAGAAGAUUAUGGAGCUGCUGGGACAAAACGAAGUGGACCGCCGCCAGCGCAAGUUGGUCAUCCUGAGCCAGGACUGCUUCUAUAAGGUUCUGACAACAGAGCAAAAGGCUAAGGCCUUGAAGGGACAGUACAAUUUCGAUCACCCAGAUGCUUUUGAUAAUGAUCUGAUGCACAAGACUCUGAAAAACAUUGUCGAAGGCAAAACUGUCGAGGUCCCCACCUAUGAUUUUGUGACGCACUCAAGGUUGCCAGAGACCACGGUGGUCUACCCAGCUGAUGUGGUUCUGUUCGAGGGCAUCUUGGUAUUCUACACUCAGGAGAUCCGGGACAUGUUCCACCUACGCCUCUUUGUGGACACAGACUCUGAUGUUAGGCUGUCUCGAAGAGUUCUCCGGGACGUGCACCGAGGGAGGGACCUGGAGCAAAUUCUGACCCAGUACACCACCUUUGUGAAGCCAGCAUUUGAGGAGUUCUGCCUGCCGACCAAGAAGUAUGCCGAUGUGAUCAUCCCCCGAGGAGUUGACAAUAUGGUCGCCAUCAACCUGAUCGUUCAGCACAUCCAGGACAUUCUCAAUGGCGACCUGUGCAAGCGGCAUAGAGGAGGGCCCAAUGGGCGCAACUACAAGAGGACCUUCCCUGAGCCAGGAGAUCACCCUGGGGUGUUGGCCACUGGCAAACGCUCACACCUGGAGUCUAGCAGCAGGCCCCACUGAGACCAGCAUAUGUAGGUUCCCCACAGACCCAUGAUUAAGGGUCUCGACCUGGGGACAACCACUUGCCCUUAAAAGCACAGUCAGGGAUUCUUCUCAGUGUGAUCUAGGGUGGCAGCAUUUAGGACGAAGGCCUUCCUUGCUUGGGAGGGCAGAUUCAUGCUGACAGAGCAUUCUGGUGUCCUUUGCUUCCUCUCGUUGGAGGAGGUCAGCAGGUCUCUGGGUCACUGAGAAAUGUCCCAAACCGCAUAGAAAGCUCAUGGUGCUGGCUUCCAGAGGGAUGCAGGACAUACAUUAUGGGGCAGCUGAGGAAACAGCCCUGGCACUGGCUGGCUUGGUGUUGAUAGUGAGCCAGUGUGUGUUUCAUGUGUAUGUUGCAGAAGUAAAGUCUGAAGACAUGUUAACUGUCCUAUUUGUUUUGUGGCAGGCUGUUUCUGACCUAUGAACUUAGUUUUAACAAUCUACCACUGGGCUAUAUAGUCCAGUCUAAGGAGCCUGAGGCAGGAAGGAACCCUAACGCCUAUCCAUGUGUCCCUAAGCAGCAAGGGACUCCUGGGUAUUCCUGGGGCCUGGCUUGUGGGAUAGAUGGGAGCAGGCCCUCAGGUUUCUUGUGACUAAAAUAGUGUCUUCAUAAUUCUGCAGGAAGCCUUGUGCCCUGGGGGCUGUCUGUGUAUAAGCCACUUGGGUAGCCAGGAGGCCACAGGAGUGUGGAGCAGAGUCACGUGAACAUGGCUGCUCAAAGGCAGCUGGUCUCCUGCAUGCUGGACCUGAGCUCAUAGCUUCACACAUGGUCCAUUCUAUGCUGGCCCCUUUUGGAAGUGUCCUUGCUAUUGUCAUAGGCCACGGUGCAGGCAUUUUCAUUAGUUCUCAUUAAAUACGAUGUGGUUCUUUCUCAUGACAGCAGCUGAGCUGCCUUGAGCUCAUGGGCUGGUUUCUGUUAGUGCUGUACUGGUUUUGUUGAACUGAAACCCCUCUUUGGAGGAAGAAUCAAUAAAUAACACUAAAAAAUGA